AUGGAUUACGAGUCGUUGAAGGAACAAUGGAGUGAUAUUGAGGACCGGGAUGGCGUCCGAUUGAGCUGGAACACCUUCCCCAGCUCGCGCAUGGAAGCAAAUAGGCUUGUUGUCCCCAUCGGUGCCCUCUACACGCCCUUGAAAGAGAAGACCGAUACACCACUAUUACAAUAUGAGCCCGUUUCCUGCAAGCCGCCUUGUCGGGCAGUCCUCAACCCCUUCUGCCAAGUCGACAUGCGAGCGCGACUGUGGAUAUGCCCAUUUUGCCUCCAGCGAAAUGCUCUCCCGCCCCACUACAAGGACAUCUCCCAAGAUACAAUCCCCCCAGAGCUCCACCCGAGCAGCACAACCAUCGAAUACCGCUUGGCGCGUCCGGCGCCCUCUCCUCCGAUCUUCAUAUUCGUGGUGGAUACCUGCCAGGAGGAAGACAGUCUGAAGGCGUUGAAGGACUCGAUCAUCCUGAGCUUAAGUCUGCUUCCACCCUUUGCCCUGGUCGGACUCAUUACAUAUGGCACAAUGGCGUCAGUUCAUGAGAUUGGCUAUACGGAAUGUGCCAAAUCAUACGUCUUCCGCGGAAGCAAGGACUACACGGGCAAGCAAGUCUCUGACAUGCUAGGACUCGGUGCCGUUGGCCCACGACCAACUAUGCAGCAUCAACCCGGCCGGCCACCUAUUCCAACUGGGGCCGGCGCACGCUUCCUUCUCCCAGUCCAGCAAUGCGAUUUCCAGUUGACGAAUGCUCUUGAACAGCUACAGAAGGAUCCCUGGCCAGUUGCGAACGACAGGCGAGCACUACGAUGCACUGGCGUGGCUCUGAGCGUUGCUGUUGGACUUUUGGAGACACAAUUUGUGAACAUGGGAGGGCGAAUUAUGCUCUUCACUGGCGGCCCUGCAACUGAAGGGCCCGGAAUGGUGGUUGGACCAGAGCUGAGGGAGCCCAUUCGAUCGCAUCACGAUAUCGAUCGGGACAAUAUCAAAUACUACAAGAAAGCCACGAAGUUCUACGAAAACCUGGCAAAGCGCACUGCGCACAACGGCCACAUCAUUGACAUAUUUGCCGGAUGCCUCGAUCAAGUUGGUCUUCUCGAGAUGAAGUCAUUGGCAAACAACACUGGAGGUCACAUGAUUCUGACCGACAGCUUCACAUCUUCCAUGUACAAGCAGUCAUUCGCGCGCGUCUUCAAUAAGGAUGGCGACGACAACCUCUUGAUGGGGUUCAACGCUUCACUGGAAGUUUUGACAACUAAGGAAUUGAAGGUCACCGGACUGAUUGGCCACGCUGUUUCGUUGAACAAGAAGUCAGCGUCGGUCGGCGAGACGGAGUGUGGCAUUGGCAAUACCUGCUCGUGGAAGAUGUGUGGUAUUGAUCCAGAGGCCAGCUACGGGAUUUACUUUGAGAUCGCAAGCCAGGGCGGUCCCAACCAGAUGCAGCAAGGCCCACAGAAGGGCAUGAUGCAAUUCUUGACGUACUACCAACACGCUGCUGGUCAAUAUCACUUGAGAGUAACUACUGUCGCCAGAAACCUUAGUGGUCCUUCAGGCGACCCAGCGAUCGCACAGUCAUUUGACCAGGAAGCAGCAGCCGUCCUCAUGUCCCGAAUUGCCGUCUUCAAGGCUGAGGUGGACGAUGGGCCAGAUGUCCUGCGGUGGGUGGACCGUAUGCUAAUUAGGCUCUGCUCUCGGUUUGCAGAAUACCGGAAAGAUGAUCCAUCUUCAUUCAGGCUCGAGAAGAACUUCACAUUGUACCCACAGUUCAUGUUCCAUCUCCGUCGCUCACAGUUCCUCCAAGUCUUCAACAACUCUCCCGAUGAAACUGCGUUCUACCGACACGUGCUGAACCAUGAAGACGUCAGCAAUUCGCUCAUCAUGAUUCAACCUACUCUUGAUAGCUACGGCUUCGAUCACGAAGGCUCCCAGCCAGUGCUGCUCGACUCAACAUCCAUCCAAUCGGAGACAAUCCUCCUUCUCGACACGUUCUUCCACAUCCUCAUCUUCAACGGUGAGACGAUGGCGGAAUGGCGGAAGGCUGGCUACCAAGAGCAGGAAGGUUAUGAGAACUUCAGGGCUCUGCUGGAGGCGCCCAAGGAAGACGCAAAGGAGCUUAUCCAAGACCGCUUCCCCCUUCCUCGAUUCAUCGUUUGCGAUGCUGGCGGCUCGCAAGCUCGUUUCCUACUCUCCAAGCUUAACCCCUCCACCACUCACACUACCGGCUCCUAUGGUGGUGUCGCCCAGACCGCUCAGACGAUCUUCACCGACGAUGUCAGUCUUCAGACCUUCAUGGAUCACUUGAUGAAGCUUGCGGUUUCGGGUACUGGGUAA